CGCGCCGGAAUUCCCCACUCGAUCUGAUUUAUCAGUGCUGUCUCACAUAACAUUCGUUCCGUGUCGCCUCUGCGACCCGUCGCGAUGAACGAGGCGGAGCGAGGCGAGUCGGAGUCGAAGACGGAGAUGGAGAAGAUGCUGUCGGGGGAGCCCUACAACUCAUGGGACCCGCCAUUGGUGGAGCUGCGACAGCUGGCGACGCAGCGGACGGCGGCGCUGAAUGCGACGCCGGCGGGCGAGGUGGAGAAGCGACGGCAGCUGUCGUACGAGCUGCUGGGCGACGCGGGCGACAACCUCUUCAUCACGUCGCCCUUCCUGUGCGACUACGGCUGCCAUAUCUCCGUGGGCCGCAACGUGUACAUGAACUUUGGGUGUGUGCUGCUGGACUGCAACCGCAUCACCAUCGGCGACGACGUGCUCUUCGGCCCGUACGUGCAGCUGUACACCGCCGCGCACCCCACGCACCCCGCCACGCGCCUCACGGGCGUGGAGACCGCGCACGCCAUCUCCAUCGGCUCCAACGUGUGGCUGGGCGGGGGGGUCAUUGUGUGCCCAGGGGUGAGCAUUGGCUCGCACACGACCAUCGGAGCGGGGAGUGUGGUGACCAGGGAUAUUCCCGACUGCUGUGUGGCCGUGGGCAACCCGUGCCGGGUGAUAAAGACGGUGCCUGCCCCUGAGCCCACAGCAGAGCUGUUGCCUCCUGCUAAUGGUGAGGGCGGCUCAGAAGUGGAAGGGGAGUAGCUGGUUGUUACAUGAGGGUGGGAGGGAGUGUGGUUGGUUGCUGCUUUCUCUGCUAACCAUUGUAUAUUAAGCUUAUAAGGGCGGGCUCGAGACGGGGAAUGGUGUUGGGCUGAGAAAAAGCCCUUAGGAUCUUUUGCAGAGACUAAGUCCCAGCUUGUAGAGACUUGAGACUUGGAGUAGUGCAGCGGAAGUUGAGGCAGUUGAACCCUUGUACUAGUAUGUGAGAACAAGUGAUUGAUUAAAGAAACAAGCAUACA